AUGGCAUCAGGUUCAGGUCAAUCAAUCACCAGUUGGGCCGAUAAGUCGGGCGAAUUCAAAAGAGGACAGUCCCAAUUCCGAAACCACGUCUCAAAGCAGCCAGGAGCAGAAUUCCCACCAGAAAAAGGCAGAUAUCAUCUCUAUGUCUCAUAUGCCUGCCCUUGGGCUCAUCGUACGCUUAUUGUUCGCAGCCUGAAGGGUCUUGACGAUAUUAUCCCAUAUACUUCGGUCCAUUGGGAGAUGCUGGAAAAAGGAUGGCGCUUUGCAACUCCAGAAGAGAAGAUUCCGGGAGACAAUGUUACACCGGACCCUAUACACAAGAACUCCACCCAUCUUCGAAAUGUUUACUUCGACGUUGAUCCCGACUACACAGGGCGUUUCACUGUACCAACACUUUAUGAUAUCAAACAAAACAAGAUAGUCAGCAAUGAGUCCAGCGAAAUCAUCCGCAUGUUCUACACAGAAUUCGAUGACAUCAUCCACGACAAGUAUAGGAGCGUUGACCUUUUCCCGGAGAAGCUGAGGGCAGAGAUUGAAGGGACAAAUGACUGGACGUAUAAUGAUAUCAACAAUGGGGUCUACAAAUCUGGCUUUGCUACAACGCAAGAAGCUUAUGAAAAGGCCGUCAAACCCCUUUUCGCCUCCCUCGACCGCGCCGAAGCUCACCUUGCUGAACACGCUGCUCCCUACUACUUUGGUACCAACAUCACCGAAGCAGACGUUCGCCUCUACACCACCAUCGUUCGCUUCGAUCCCGUCUAUGUGCAGCAUUUCAAGUGCAACAUUCGUGACAUCAGAUCGGGUUAUCCUUCGCUGCACAAGUGGCUGAGGAAGCUCUACUGGGACGUGCCGGCGUUCAAGAACACAACGCAGUUUGAGCAUAUCAAAAAUCACUACACAAAGAGUCACAAGCAGAUAAACCCCUUCAGUGUCACACCAGUAGGGCCGCUUCCAGACAUCUUACCCAAAGACCAAGAGGUGCCGGCUGCGGCUGCGGCGCUUCGAUCGACAAACCAAUGA